CAUUGAUCACCGCGUUGCAGUUGAGACCCCUUAUCUCUUACACACCCAUUUUUCCCGAUUUUAAUUAUUUACCUGUUUUAUUUUAUCAAAGGAAGAAAAAGAAAAAGAAACUUUCUGAUCAUCCCUUUUCACUUCCUCUUCCAUCACCCGACCGCUUACCAAACAUCACGUCUCCCCACCACCCGACUAUCACCAUGGAACAUUCCUCCGCACCGAACAAUGCCGCGCUGUACGAUGCGCGCCGACGAAGAGGCUCAGUCGGAACGUCGCAACUAUUCGAGAACAUUGUCUCCGCCUCCAACUUCGACAGAGAUGAGGUCGAUAGACUCCGAAAGCGAUUCAUGAAACUGGACAAGGACAGCUCGGGAACAAUUGAUCGCGAUGAAUUUCUGUCUCUUCCCCAAGUUUCAUCCAACCCGCUGGCAACGAGAAUGAUCGCAAUCUUCGAUGAAGACGGAGGUGGCGACGUCGACUUCCAAGAAUUCGUCUCGGGUCUCUCAGCCUUCUCAUCCAAGGGAAACAAGGAGGAAAAGCUCCGCUUCGCUUUCAAGGUCUACGAUAUCGAUCGCGACGGGUACAUUUCCAAUGGCGAACUGUUCAUCGUGUUGAAGAUGAUGGUCGGGAAUAACCUGAAGGACGUCCAGUUGCAGCAAAUCGUCGAUAAGACUAUCAUGGAGGCGGAUAAGGAUCAGGAUGGAAAGAUCAGCUUCGAGGAAUUCACGGAUAUGGUGGAGAAUACGGAUGUCAGUUUGAGUAUGACAUUGAACCAGAUUUAAGCCUUGAGCGAUGGGGGUUGUUUUCGCU